AUUGGCCAAGAAAUGCACCUCUACGUCACACACAAUCGUCAAACAAGAGGUGUUGCCAUAUCCAUUUCGGGAGAUUUUGUUGUGACUCAAUGAGGGGGUUAUGAGUGAAUGUGUGAAUGUGCGGUAUUUGUGAGGUGAUAAAUUAGGUUUAGUAAGUUUCAUGUGUGGAUUAGCCGAGCCAAAGGUGUAAAAUUUAAUAUGGAGGUUAGACUGUGGCUCUUAUUUGUGCUGGGCUCUGCGGCGGCACAGCAAGCAGAGAAGCUAACACAGAACCCUUGUACAGUGAAGCAGACCUGCCACGAGUGUAUACAGACUCCUACCUGCGCCUGGUGCUCACAGCCCACGGGCUUUGACGACAAUAGAAAACGAUGCUUCCAGCCAGGUUCCAACCUGUUAGAGCAGUGUGACGAGGCGUAUGUAGUCAACCCUGACAACGAGUACACAUCGAUACAGCAGAGAGCGUUGAGCAAGGGCAAACAUCACUCAAUGUACACCAACUACAGCUCAUACAGCUCAUCUAGCUCAAGUUCUAGCUCUAGCUCCAGCUCAAGCUCACAGAGCCAUCAGGAUGCUGUCCAGAUCUCACCCCAACAAGUCAACUUGAAGCUGAGGAUAAAUCAAGCGUACAAGCUGGAAGUGGCUUAUGCUCAAGCGGAAGACUAUCCCGUGGAUCUCUACUACCUCAUGGACCUCAGCAAGAGUAUGGAGGAUGACAAGGAGAAACUGUCGAGUCUAGGUGAUGUCUUGGCCAGGAAGAUGCAGAGUAUUACGAGUAACUUCCGUCUGGGCUUCGGCAGCUUUGUAGACAAAGUGGUCAUGCCUUACGUCAGCACUGUGCCCAAAAAACUAGAGGAGCCUUGCGAUCAAUGCAAAAAACCUUACGGCUUUCGAAAUCACAUGAUGUUGACGACUGACACGGCCAGGUUCAACGGGGAAGUCCACAAUGCUGCAGUCUCCGGUAAUCUGGAUGCUCCAGAGGGCGGUUUUGAUGCGAUCAUGCAGGCGAUUGUCUGUCGCGAACAGAUCGGAUGGAGGGAGAAGGCUCGAAAACUACUUGUCUUCUCCACUGAUGCUGGUUUUCACUACGCUGGUGACGGAAAGCUGGGAGGCAUUGUCAAGCCCAAUGACGGUCUGUGCCAUCUGAGCAACGAUGGUACAUACACUCACUCUACUCUACAGGACUAUCCAUCUAUAUCUCAGAUAAACCUAAAAGUGAAGCAGAACGCCAUCAACAUUAUCUUCGCAGUGACUCAGGAACAGUCAGGGGUGUACCACCGACUACACAAGCAUAUAGAGGGUAGCACUAGUGGUACUCUGAGUAAUGACUCCAGCAACGUGGUGGAGCUGGUGCAGGAACAGUACGAUAAAAUCAAGUCAUCAGUGGAGAUGAAGGAUACAGCGUCCAGCAAUGUCAAGAUGACGUACUACUCUCACUGCCUCAACUCAAAUGGACCUCUCGUACAGACCAACAAAUGUGACGGGCUGAAGGUCGGAGACGAAAUUAAGUUUGAGGUGUUGGUGGAAGUAAAAGCUUGUCCGGAGGAUCCGGCCAAGUGGAAGGAAACCUUUGAAAUCUACCCAGUGGGAAUCAACGAAAGUCUUACAGUGAACCUAGAAAUGCUCUGCUCUUGUCCUUGUGAACGUCCUGGAAACCCGGGGUACAAGGAGCGAGCUGAGGAGUGUUCAGGAGUGGGUACCUACACCUGUGGUAUCUGUGAAUGUGACGCUUCUCACUUCGGCAGAACUUGCGAGUGUAGCAGUGAUAACAUCAAGGGCAGCGAACAGGACUUGACUGCUGGAUGCCGACCAGACAACACUACAAUGGUGGACUGUUCAGGCAGAGGCUCCUGUAUAUGUGGCCAGUGCUACUGUGACUCUAGGCAGAAUGAGGGAGAGAAAAUCACUGGGCAAUUCUGUGAGUGUGACAACUUCUCAUGUGACCGACACAACGGAGUGUUGUGUUCAGGACCUGACCACGGCACUUGUGAGUGUGGCAAGUGUAUAUGUAACCCAGGCUGGACAGGCAGUGCGUGCGACUGUAGGGCCACCAAUGACACUUGUAUACCUCCAGGUGGUGGAGAGAUCUGCAGCGGCCACGGCACCUGUGAGUGUGGCGCCUGCAAGUGUAAGAGCGACCAGAACGGCCACUUCAGCGGACGCUAUUGCGACAAGUGCCCAACUUGCCCUGGGAGAUGUGAGGAGUUCAAACACUGCGUCCAGUGUCAGGUGUACAAAACUGGGCCAUUCACAGAGGAGGAAUGUGCCAAGAAUUGUACUUUUGUACCCAACGUUGUGGAUGUUGUGGAAGACCGUGAAGACCUAGAUGAAAAUUACUGUACUUACUAUGAUGAAGAUGACUGCCGCUUCGCUUAUGUGUACUCCUACGAUGAGAAGGGAAAGGAGAUAAUCACGGCACAGAAAGAGAGGGAAUGUCCUCCACAAGUUUAUGUCCUAGGUAUUGUACUGGGAGUGAUCGGGGCAAUAGUGUUGAUUGGAUUGGCACUACUGCUGCUGUGGAAGUUGGUUACCACCAUUCAUGACCGGAGGGAGUUCGCCAAGUUUGAGAAAGAGAGGUCCAUGGCAAAAUGGGAUACGGGUGAGAAUCCAAUCUACAAGCAAGCCACUUCGACCUUCAAGAACCCGACUUACGCUGGAAAGUGAUCUCCUAGUGCCAUUGCUUCUAAGUAACCUGUGUUCAUCUUAAAUUAGAACAUAUAGUAGAACACACCUUCUGUCAAUUGAUUUUGUGGAACAUUUUUUCAUCUCCUUUAAACAUGUGACAAGUUUCUACAUUGUUUUCUAUGUCAUAAAAAGUAGGGGAAAUAAUUUGUUGACUGAUUCUGUAGCUUUAAAAGUUCACCAACGUAAAAUUCCUGGAGUUUAAGAAAUGUUUCAUAAAAUUAUUUUACAUCCAUUUGAUCCACGGAGGUGUAGAUGUCUAGUUUCUCUUUCUUAGAUAACAUAGUGAGUAGCAACACUUUUCACUCCUUAUGUGAGAAACAUGUGUGAAACAAAAUAUGCACAUUUUGUAGUUACUUGGUAAAACUACCAAUUUAGGCCUAUCUCCUAUAAAAGGUUAAGCAUUAUAAAUUACAAUUUCACAUUUUAUUACUAAAUACAAUUUUUAUUUUAACAGCAAAAUUAAGAAUCGUAUUGUACAGUUGCGAAAAAUUGUAUUUAGAAUGUCCAGCACAGUAAAAAAAUGUUAAACAUUAGUAACAACUGGAGAAUAAAUUGCAAAUAAUGUGCUAUGCAUCCUAAUGAUGUUUCAGUAAUUAUAAGUCAAUUAAUUUGUACAUAACACUGUAACAUAUUUUUAAGCAUAGUUGAUUAAUUGUUAUUAUUAUUAAUUUAGAUGUAUUUAUUUAAGAUUAUGUUAAGAUAUGUAACAGACUUGCUAUUUAUAAAGGCUUUGUUAAAGCCUGCCUCAGUCAUUUUAGUGUUAGAUGUACAUAAUGGCCUUUAAUAACCUUUACGCCUGCUUUUAGAGAUUUUUAUGUCAUUAUUCAUGUUGCUUUUGAUGUGAGAUUUUAUUUAUUCUCUUUGUAUUAUUGCAAAUGUUAAUGUAUGUACUUAUAGUUUUUUACUUAAAUGAACUAACUUUACAAUUGUGUUAACUAGUUUGCUAUGAAGCAGAAUAGAAAGAUUUGAGCUUCCCACAGAAAUAAUUCAGUAAAGUGUCUUCCACAAGUACAAGCAAACAUUUUGUAGACUUAAUAAAACAGCCUUUAAAUGCCUUAAGGAUUGCCUUCCAACAAUUUUAGAAAUGUACUUUUGGACCCGGAUUUAAUAUUUCAUAUGUAUACUUAAAAUAGCCUUUGUUUUUCUCUUUAUGUAUUAAAAGGUUAUUAUUUUUAUACAAAUGACAUAAAAGACUUUUAUUUUGCCUAGAAAAAAAAACUUUAUUAUUUUUUAUAUGCUUUUUUGGGAUUUUAUAUUUUUAAAGAUUAAGAACGUUUUAAGGAGUUUUAUUUUAUAUAGCCCACUUAUUUUGUUGAUAAACUAAACAGAUAAUUUAUAUAUUGAUUUUUAUGCAAAGUCUGGCUGGAUAAUAAAUUUCUCCUAUUGCUGGUUUCUAAUGUAAAUUUUUCCUGUUGUUUUUAGUUUGGUUGUAUUAAUCUAAUAACAAAA